AUGGAAAGUUGUAACUGUGGUCAUGUUCCAGUCAACAAGGGACAUAAGUUUUCAAGGAAUCAAUGUCCGAAGAUUGAUUUGGAGACUAAGAAAAUGCAAUCUAAACCUUAUGCUUCUCUGGUGGGAAGCCUUAUGUAUGCAACAAUUUGUACACGGCCAGAUAUUGCUUAUAUUGUAGGCAUGCUGGGAAGGUUUCAAGCAAAUCCAGGAGAUGCGCAUUGGAUAGCUGCAAAGAAAGUUAUGAGAUAUUUGCAAAAGACUAAAAGUUUCAUGUUGGUUUAUGGCAAAUGUGAUUCUUUGGAACUUGAAGGGUAUACAGAUUCGGAUUUGGCUAGUGAUGUGGAUAAUAGGAAGUCAACAGGUGGUUAUAUCUUCAUGCUAAAUGGCGGUGCAGUUUCUUGGAAGAGUGCAAAGCAAACUGUUAUUGCCACUUCGACUAUGGAGGCUGAGUUUAUGGCCUGUUUUGAAGGAAUAAAGCAAGUUGCUUGGUUGAGAAAUUUUAUGUCAGACUUAAGGAUCAUAAAUUCAGUAUAG